AUGGAGGAACAUGAUCUUUACGCACAACCAAGAAAAGGUCAUGAAAAUAGUGGAGAUAUGUACAAGAUUAAGUUUGAUAUCCCAAUUUUUAAUGGUAAUAUAAACAUUGAAGGGUUUCUUAAUUGGAUCUAUGAGGUGGAGACAUUAUGUGAGAUUAUGAACAUCCCUCUAGAAUGUCAAGUACCAUUGGCGGCAUAUAAAUUAAAAGAAGGGGCUAGAGCUUGGUGGAAUCGUCGUCAAGAAAAGCUUCAUUUGAGGGGUGAAAAUUGUGUAAGCUAUUGGCCACAAAUGAAAGCACUUAUAAAGGCUAGGUUCUUACUUGUGGAUUAUGAACGACUCUUGUACCUACAGUUCCAUAACUAUGUUCAUGGUAAUAAAUCUAUUUCUAAUUAUACAGAGGAGUUCUUAAGGUUAGAAGUAAGGUGCAAUCUUUCUAAAAAAGAAGAUCAACAAGUCACAAGGUAUAUCAAUGGUCUCAAUGAUUCUAUCAAAGAAUGUCUUAGAAUACAACAAAUUUGGUCAAUAGAUCGAGCUCAAACUCUUGCCUUGAAAGCUGAGAGAUAUAUAAAGACCAAGAAGUCUUAUAAAGCUGUGUCUUAUUCUCGCCCAGAAAUUAUAUUAAAAAGUUCUCCACGCCAAGAGGAGGGGAAAUUUAUUCCAUCUAAAGAAAAUAAAGAUGAAAAGGCACCAUCUUUUAGCAAAAAUAAUGAUAAGCAACCAUCUAAUACAAUCAAGUGUUAUAAGUGUCAUGAAAAGGGACACAUAUCAAGCAAUUAUCCAAGAGGGAAGUUUAUCAACACCACUCAUCGUGAUGAAAGUAAUAAAGAGGUGGACAACUAUAAAAGUAAAGGUAAACAUAAAUAUGUGAAGAAGAGAAAGAAGAAAUAG